AUGGCCGGUCUUUGGUUUCUGCCAUUGGUUCUAGUAGCACUGACACAUGUUCCAACCACCAGUGCUCAGGAAGAAAGUGUGCAAGGCACAUGCGGAGAUUCCAUUGUAGCAGCUCCGGCGCGCGGAGCCGACAGCGUGUGCAAUGUACCCUGCAAAGACGAUCAGGACGAAUUUUGCGGCGGUCUGAAAAUGUUGAAACGCGCUCAGAAAGCCUUAGCAGCGUAUUCCUCCUCCACCUCUAGCACUUCUACGGCCACAACGCAAAGAUUGUCCAACGUGGUAGCUUCGUUAGCUUCUGUUACUGGGGCCAUCAGUUUGUCUUCACGUCAAUCUUUCUCCCACUACGCCAACACGACAAGCUCCACACCUGCCAGCUCCCAGUCGGUGACCGCAUCGAGCACCAGUUCCCUACCCUACGGAUGCACUGAUCUUGCUUGUGUGUCUGAGUCCAAUGCAGGACGGGCCGGGGCCGGCACCGCCUCUACUAGUUCUUUGCCAUUUGGUUGCGGUAGUGUACAAGCCAGCGUGACUUUGGGACUGAACGCGUUGCCCACAACAAAGAGCGCCACGUCUACGAGUUCAGUGACUACGAGAUUGGUGACCACGAGUCCUGCGAUCUCGAGUUCUAGGCACACAAUUUCUACGUCUACCAGUCCUGCGCCCACUACAGACAUCCUACCUACCGAUAUUCUCCCUACCAAUAUCCUCUCUACAGGCAUCCUGCCUACAGACAUCCUACCUACCGAUGCUCUCCCUACCAAUAUCCUCCCUACAGGCAUCCUACCUACAAAUCUUCUACCUACAAAUCUUCUACCUACAAAUCUUCUACCUACAGACAUCCUACCUACCGAUAUUCUCCCUACCAAUAUCCUCCCUACAGGCAUCCUACCUACAAAUCUUCUACCUACAAAUCUUCUACCUACAGACAUCCUACCUACCGAUAUUCUCCCUACCAAUAUCCUCCCUACAAACAUUCUACCUACCGAUAUCCUCCCUACAGGCAUCCUACCUACCGAUAUUCUCCCUACCAAUAUCCUACCUACAAAUCUUCUACCUACAAAUCUUCUACCUACAAAUCUUCUACCUACAAAUCUUCUACCUACAAAUCUUCUACCUACAAAUCUUCUACCUACAAAUCUUCUACCUACAAAUCUUCUACCUACCGAUAUCCUCCCUACAGGUAUCCUACCUACCGAUAUUCUCCCCACCGAUAUUCUCCCCACCAAUAUCCUCCCUACAGGCAUCCUGCCUACAGACAUCCUACCUACCGAUAUUCUCCCUACCAAUAUCCUCCCUACAGGCAUCCUACCUACAAAUCUUCUACCUACAAAUCUUCUACCUACAAAUCUUCUACCUACCGAUAUCCUCCCUACAGGUAUCCUACCUACCGAUAUUCUCCCCACCGAUAUUCUCCCCACCAAUAUCCUCCCUACAGGCAUCCUGCCUACAGACAUCCUACCUACCGAUAUCCUCCCUACCAAUAUCCUCCCUACCGAUAUUCUCCCCACCGAUAUCCUCCCUACAGACAUUCUACCUACCGAUAUCCUCCCUACAGGCAUCCUCCCUACCGAUAUUCUCCCUACAGGCAUCCUACCUACAGACAUUCUACCUACCGAUAUCCUCCCUACAGGUAUCCUACCUACCGAUAUUCUCCCCACCGAUAUUCUCCCCACCAAUAUCCUCCCUACAGGCAUCCUGCCUACAGACAUCCUACCUACCGAUAUCCUCCCUACAGGCAUCCUACCUACCGAUAUCCUCCCUACAAACAUCCUACCUACCGAUAUUCUCCCCACCGAUAUCCUCCCUACAGGCAUCCUGCCUACAGACAUUCUACCUACCGAUAUCCUCCCUACAGGCAUCCUACCUACCAAUAUUCUCCCUACCAAUAUUCUCCCCACCGAUAUCCUCCCCACCAAUAUCCUGCCUACAGAUAUCCUACCUACGAAUAUCCUCCCUACAAAUAUCCUACCUACCGAUAUUCUCCCCACCGAUAUCCUCCCUACAGGCAUCCUGCCUACAGACAUUCUACCUACCGAUAUCCUUCCUACAAACAUCCUACCCACCGAUAUCCUCCCCACCGAUAUCCUGCCUACAGAUAUCCUACCUACGAAUAUCCUCCCUACAAAUAUCCUACCUACAAACAUCCUACCUACCGAUAUUCUCCCCACCGAUAUUCUCCCCACCGAUAUCCUCCCUACAGGCAUCCUGCCUACAGACAUCCUACCUACCGAUAUCCUCCCUACAAACAUCCUCCCUACCGAUAUUCUCCCCACCGAUAUCCUCCCUACAGGCAUCCUGCCUACAGACAUUCUACCUACCGAUAUCCUCCCUACAGGCAUCCUACCUACCGAUAUUCUCCCUACCGAUAUCCUACCUACCGAUAUCCUCCCUACCAAUAUUCUCCCCACCGAUAUCCUCCCCACCGAUAUCCUUCCUACAGAUAUCCUGCCUACCAAUAUUCUCCCUACACUUGCAAUUCCUACGAUACUACCUACAGACAUCCUUCCUACCAAUAUCCUACCUACCGAUAUCUUACCUACUAAUAUUCUACCUACAAUUGCUCUUCCUACAGUGCUACCGACAGAUAUCCUACCCACCGAUAUCCUCCCUACGCUUGCAAUUCCUACAGUACUACCUACAGAUAUCCUCCCUACAGAUAUCUUACCUACCGAUAUUCUCCCUACCGAUAUCGUUCCUACAAAUAUCCUGCCUACCGAUAUCCUCCCUACAGAUAUCCUGCCUACCGAUAUUCUACCUACAGUGGCAAUACCUACAGCGCUCCCUACAGAUAUAUUACCUACCGAUAUUCUCCCUACCGAUAUCCUUCCUACAGAUAUCCUGCCUACCGAUAAUCUACCUACAGCUGCUCUCCCUACGGUGCUACCGACAGAUAUCCUCCCCACCGAUAUCCUUCCCACGGAUAUUCUCCCUACAGCUGCUCUCCCUACGGUGCUACCGACAGAUAUCCUCCCCACCGAUAUCCUUCCCACGGAUAUUCUCCCUACAGCUGCUCUUCCCACCGAUAUCCUACCCACCGAUAUUCUCCCUACAGCUACUCUUCCGACGGUGCUACCUACAGAUAUCCUGCCUACCGAUAUUCUCCCUACAGUUGCGAUACCUACGGCGCUCCCUACCGAUAUCCUCCCCACCGACGUUGUCCCUACCGAUGUUGUCCCUACCGACAUCCUUCCCACUGAUAUCCUACCCACCGAUAUUCUCCCUACAGCUACUCUUCCGACGGUGCUACCUACAGAUAUCCUACCUACCGAUGUCCUCCCUACCGCGCUACCUACAGACAUCCUCCCCACCGACAUUAUCCCUACAGUUGCAGUGCCUACGGUCCUCCCUACCGAUGUUGUCCCUACCGAUAUUGUCCCGACCGAUAUUGUCCCGACCGAUAUCCUCCCUACCGCGCUACCUACAGACAUCCUCCCCACCGACAUCAUCCCUACAGUUGCAGUGCCUACGGUCCUCCCUACCGAUGUUGUCCCUACGGAUAUUGUCCCGACCGAUAUCCUCCCUACCGCGCUACCUACAGACAUCCUCCCCACCGACAUCAUCCCUACAGUUGCAGUGCCCACGGUCGUCCCUACCGAUGUCGUCCCUACCGAUGUUGUCCCUACAGACAUCCUCCCUACCGACAUCAUCCCUACAGUAGCAGUUCCUACUGUCCUCCCUACCGAUAUUAUCCCUACCGAUAUCCUCCCUACCGAUGUUCUCCCUACCGAUGUCCUCCCUACCGAUGUCCUCCCUACCGAUGUCCUCCCUACCGAUGUCCUCCCUACCGACAUUAUCCCUACAGUAGCAGUUCCUACUGUCCUCCCUACCGAUGUUGUCCCUACAGACAUCCUCCCCACCGACAUCAUCCCUACAGUAGCAGUUCCUACUGUCCUCCCUACCGAUGUCCUCCCUACCGAUGUCCUCCCUACCGAUGUUGUCCCUACAGACAUCCUCACCACCGACAUCAUCCCUACAGUUACAGUGUCUAUGGUCCUCCCUACCGAUGUUAUCCCUACCGAUAUCCUACCUACCGAUAUCCUGCCUACAGUAACAGUUCCUACUGUCCUCCCUACCGAUGUUAUCCCUACAGACAUCCUCUCCACCGACAUCAUCCCUACAGUAGCAGUUCCUACUGUCCUCCCUACCGAUGUUGUCCCUACGGAUAUUAUCCCUACAGACAUCCUCUCCACCGACAUCAUCCCUACAGUUGCAGUGCCUACGGUCCUCCCUACGGAUAUUAUCCCUACAGCCAUCCUCACCACCGACCUCAUCCCCACAGUUGCAGUGCCCACGGUCCUCCCUACCGAACUCCUCUCCACCGACAUCAUCCCCACAGUCGCAGUCCCCACGGUCCUCCCCACCUCGAUCCUCCCCACAAUCACCCUCCUCCCGGCCCUACCCAUCUUAGGCGGAGCCGCCACCCCCGCGCCGAUCUCGACCCUGCUACCGUACAACUGCCCCGACGAAGCCUGCGUCAGUCUCGAAAUCUCGAUCCAAAACUCACUCGUCCAAGCCACGCUCGGCGGCACGGUCCAGCUCCUCCCCAGCGUGACCGCGACGGCGCCGAGCACCUUCGUCACGGUCACGGUGGCCGCGGGCUCCGCGGGCUCCGCGACGCCGGUCGCGACCGUGACCCGGACCGGGUUCACCACGGUCGUGGUGACGAACGCGGUGGCGGUGAGCACGAGCGGUGGGGCGGUGGCGCUGGUCCCGGUGGUCAAUACCGUCAUUGCUGGGAUCGGUCUGUGA